GACUCAAGCAGUGCUCUACCGUGAUUGGUCAACGCCACCUCAGUAAUGGCAGUAUAACUAAACGUCCACAUACAACGUGAACUCAAUAAACAAUCGUGAAAUAAACAAAAUAUAAAUAUACCAGCUCUUCGAAAGACAAUAUUUCAGGUCAAAAUGAGCGUUGGUUUCAUCGGAGCAGGUCAGCUGACUCACGCGCUGGUGAAGGGCUUCACAGCAGCAGGUGUGAUCGCCACACACAGGAUAACAGCGAGCUCUCCAGACACAGACCUGCCAACUGUCAUUGGGCUAAGAAAAAUGGGAGCAUACUUCACCACCAGUAAUAAAGAGACUGUGAACAAGAGUGAUGUUCUGUUCCUUGCGGUCAAGCCGCAUAUCAUUCCCUUCGUUUUGGAUGAGAUCGGGCCAGACAUUGAAGACCGUCAUCUCAUUGUGUCCUGUGCAGCAGGAGUGACGAUCAGCUCCAUAGAGAAGAAAUUGCUGCAGUACCGCUCGGCUCCUAAAGUAAUCCGCUGUAUGACAAACACUCCAGUGGUGGUGCGUGAAGGGGCCACGGUGUACGCCACAGGCACCCAUGCAGAGGUGGAGGAUGGGAAGCUUCUGGAGCAGCUAAUGGCCAGUGUGGGCUACUGCACAGAGGUGGAGGAGGACCUGAUUGAUGCCGUCACUGGCCUUAGUGGCAGCGGCCCAGCCUAUGCGUUUCUAGCUGUUGACGCUCUUGCUGAUGGAGGGGUGAAGAUGGGACUCCCCAGAAGACUGGCUGUGCGACUGGGAGCUCAGGCUCUGCUUGGGGCAGCAAAAAUGCUCCUGGAUUCUGAGCAACACCCUGGACAGUUAAAAGACAACGUGGCUUCGCCUGGAGGUGCUACAAUCCACGCUUUGCAUGUCAUGGAAAGUGGCGGCUUCCGUAGCCUCCUGAUCAACGCAGUGGAGGCAUCAUGCAUUAGAACAAGGGAGCUUCAGCACUUGGCUGACCAGGAGAAGAUUUCUCCCGCUGCCAUAAAGAAGACGACUCUGGACAAGGUGCUUCAGCAGCCGGGUGUGACGACAGCAGGGGUCGGGGUCAGGACAGGCCUCAACCUCUUUAACAGCAGCACCUCCAAAAACAAGAAAAAAUGAACCUCUUCAGCACCGCAUCUGGUUUACAGUAGGGAUAAACCACUCCAGGAGUUGCAGAUAAGACACUAAAAUACCAAAAAUGGUUUAAAUUUUUCUCUUAAACUGGUUAAUGAGCUUUUUUUCAUAACCUGUACACACCGUUCACUUAUUUUGUAAAUUGUGCUUUUGUCUUAUGCUGGUUUGGACCAACUCUAAGCAAUAGUUUUUCUUGAUAUACACUGUAAACAAUACACUUUUAUUAAACUAUGUCUGAACUAGAUAGAUUAAGCUGUAUUUUGCUAAGUGUAUCUGGGCUGACUUGAAUGAAAUUAAAGCAUUUAUAGUGGGAUUUCUAA